AUGGCCGGCCACCUCCCAAUGGAAGUGAUCGUCGAAAUCCUCUCAAGGUUACCAUCAAAAUCGCUUCUUCGUUGCCGAUCGAUGUGCAAGUCUUGGCUGUCUUUGAUCUCUUCUGCCGAAUUCAAGCUCAUGCAUCUUAACAAUUUCAACCAACAAAAUCCUCGCAAUCUUGUCCGUCGCUUCGAGUGGAGGGAGAACAAGGAAGUGUAUAGUGUGCAUUUCGACGAUGAAGCUUUAACUGUGGAUCGCGGUACCCUCGUUGAAUUCCCCUUCCAUCGUAACCGUCAUAUCAUCUUCUAUUUUAGGAUAAUUGGGUGUUGCAACGGUGUUAUUUGUCUCUCUGAUGAUAAAUGCGAAUCUAGAGAAGAUAAAAUCAUUCUCUGGAAUCCUUCAAUUAGAAGGAAUGUAACCCUAAUUCCUCCCAUGUUUCGAUCAAGCAAUAUGGAAGACAUGUUACUUGUUUUCGGGUUUGGCUAUGAUAAGAUGUCUGGUGAUUAUAAGGUAGUCAGAUUGGCCUACGAUGAUUGUUCCAUCACUAGACCUCAGGUUGAGGUUUACACUGUGAAAACUGCCAUUUGGAGGGCAGUUGGGUUUCCUCAUGAUUUGCCUUGCUUCUCUAUCCUUCCCAAUUGGUCACAAGUGUUUUUCAAUGGAUCCAUGCAUUGGAUAGCAUGUGAUUUGACACCUGGAGUCUCACGUUGCUCAAUCAUGACAUUUGACAUAAGGACCGAGCUUUUUGCAGAAAUUCAGUUGCCUGAAUCUUUACUGCAAGAGUCCGCAAUGAGUUUGGAGAUUGCUGUAGUUCGAGAAUCUUUGGCUGUGAUCUAUUCUAGCCGUCAUAGUCAUAGUUUUCCAUGGUCAGGCCCAAGUACCUAUAAGAUAUGGGCUAUGAAGGAGUAUAAGAACCCUGCCUCUUGGACAAUGAUAUAUAAUAUGCAUUAUCCCACUAAAGAUGUAGGGAGAGUUUUGCGUCUUAGAAAGAACGGUGAUAUGAUCACCGGAUCUAGAUAUGGGGAUUUGAUGAUUCAUACAGACAAUGUGGGAUAUUAUGUGUAUGCUUCUUGUACUGGGUUUAUUAUUGAAGACUCGAUUUAUAUUGACAUAUACCAACAAAGUCUAGCUUUGUUGGAUGUUGAGCCUGACGUUCAGAGUGAAGAGAUGAAGGGUGAACAAGGAAGGGCGGAAGAGUAUCACGAUGAGUCGCUAGGUACCCUGUUCCGUGGCUUGGUGAAUGAGAAUUAA